AUUAUCCUGCUAUCUCCGGAGCAACUCGAAUCAUCAGGCUUUCGAACAGUCAUGGAUAACAAGGCGUUUGCAACACGGUUAUGUAUCAUGGUUGUUGAUGAGGCUCACCUGAUCGAUCUCUGGGGUUUAUCUAUCCGACCCUCGUACAAAAAGAUAGGCUGGAUGCGCUCUCGUGCAAGACGCCAUAUUCCCAUGUUUGCUGUAACCGCCACAUUGCAAAAAAAAAAAAACAGAGAUAGAAGUACUUGA